AACUGCAGCCAAUCGCAGUAAACAAGGAAAUGUUUCUUUCGCGCUCUGUCCCGAACAUGAGCAAUGCAAAAUUCUGCCAUUGAUACAUGUUUAUGUCUUCCAUUCAGUCAUAGACUUCUAACUCAUAUUUCUCACCAUGGACGGUGCAUUGACUACUGAGCAUAAGGAGGAUGGCUCUUUGCGGAGGAGAAAGACAGAGGACGAAGGAGAGGAUCAGAUCGGGAGCAAGUUGUCAAAAACGGAAAGCACCGGUUUGGAGUCUUGCUUGGAUGAGCCAGUUGAGUUGAGAAGUGUUCAUGAAGUCAUCAAGUAUGGAGCCUCGUCUCUGCCAGCUAAGCAUUAUGACCCGGACACCACCGAGCCAAUCAGCUCCGGCCUCCAGUCCCUGGAGGAGCUGUUGUCGUGGAAACGCAGCGAGGCCAAUCCCUUCAACGUGGCGACGGUGCCCCUGGCCAAUCGGGAGUCUUCUUUGGCCAGCACGCCGCACCGGACUCUGGUGAGUCACGACAUGAUGGGCGGAUACCUGGAUGACAGGUUUCUGCAGGGAGCAGAGUCGGAUGCUCCCUAUGUGUUCUACCACUGGCAGUACAUCGACGUGUUUAACUACUUCAGCCACAACAUGGUGACCAUCCCCCCUGCCGUCUGGACCAACGCUGCUCACAGACACGCAGUCAUCGUCCUGGGCACCUUUAUCACUGAGUGGACGGACGGGGGGAAGAUGUGCGAGGUCUUCCUGAAAGAGGAGGAGUCUUACAGGGCCGUAGCUGAUAGGCUGGUUCAGAUAGCCCACUGUUACGGCUUUGAUGGUUGGCUGAUCAACAUCGAGAACCCUCUCAGUGAGACUGCUGUGAAGAACACUCCUCUGUUUCUACGUUAUCUGACUGACCAGAUGCAUGAGAGAGUCCCUGCUAGUAUGGUGUUGUGGUAUGACUCUGUCCUGGAGAACGGACAGCUCAAAUGGCAGAAUGAACUCAACCCAUCCAACAGAGUGUUUUUCUCAGCGUGUGAUGGUAUCUUCACCAACUAUAACUGGACAGAGCAGAGCCUAGAGGGAAUGAAGGCCUACUCAGCUGCUCAGGGCCGGCUGGCGGACAUCUUUGUUGGGGUGGACGUGUUCGCCAGGGGAGAGGUGGUGGGAGGGAAGCUGGAGACUAACAAGGCUCUGGAGCUGAUUCGUAAACAUGACUUCUCUACGGCCAUCUUUGCUCCAGGCUGGGUGUACGAGUCCAUCCCAGACAAGACUGCCUUCAGGAAGGAACAGGACAAGUUCUGGUCUCUCCUGUCUGACUUCCUGUAUGUCCACCGGCCCUCGUCGCCGCUCCCUUUCGUCUCCUCCUUCUGCCAGGGUGCUGGGACCAGCCUCUACUGGAGGGGACAGCGUGAGGUGGAUCGUAGCUGGUUCAACCUGGAUGCCCAGGAGCUGCAACCCCUAUACUACAAAGAGACCCUGGAGGGGGAGGGCUGGCUGAGGACCCAGGGCUGCCCCGAAGAUGCCUGGAGCGGAGGCAGCUCUCUGCUCGUAGAGGGCGUCCUACCCUCCACGCUGUCUAAAGUCUGCGCCAGGAUAUUUUCUCUCCAGGUGCCUCUAUCCUCCAGGGUCUUUGUGUCUCUGAUCUAUAAGCCGUCUCCUGGGGUCUCUGUCUCUCUGGAGUUAAAGACUGCUGACGCUACACUCUGCACACACAGAGGUGUUCAGGAUAUACCUACCAGCAGUGUUGAGCCUGCUGCUUUAACAGAGGACCACCAGUUGGUGAGACAGUUCUCUCAGAGCUGUGGACAGUGGAACCCACACGGAUGGACUGUCAGGUGUUCCCAGUUGGAGCUGCAGGGCUGUACUCUGAGGGAUGUGUGUGUCAGCGUGCAGCGUGAUGGAGGAGAUGAGGACACACCCUUCAAAUGCCGGGUCGGAGAGAUUAUGAUCCUGGAUGCUGAGUCCCUCUCCGUUCCUCCCCUCCCAGUCCAGAGUGUGUGUAUCUAUGACGUGGUGUGGCUGAGGGGCGCCAAUAAACUGAAUCUCAACGCCACCCUGCGCUGGCGCUACCCUGCCCAACUCGUACGCCACUUCCUGGUGUACUGGCGCCGGCUGAGGGGUCCAGACCCCCGGAUCCCAUCUGGCAAGCUGACCCUGAUUGGCCGAGCCUACUGCCCCUUAUUCCGGGUGACCGAGCUGACGGUUCCAGAACCUCCAGGUCUUCUAGAACUGGUGGUGGAACCCGUGUCCCGGGAGGGGUUCCGUGUUCCUGAGUCCCAAUGGGGGAGGAGGAGUCUCAGUUAUACUGAGGAGAGGACGGACCAAUCAUAAGACACUAAAAGGGUAGAAACGUACUGGCUGUCCCAAACGGAACCCUAUUCCCUAUAUAGUGCACUACAUGUACCCAUAGGGCUCUGGCCAAUGUAGUGCACUAAAUAGGGAACCAUUUGGGAUGUACUACUGGACUUGCUACUCCACUUCCUUUCCAUAACACUUCCUGUCCAGUCAGUGAUAACCUGAUUCAGUACGCUAGUUUGUAGUGAUGUGAUCCUCCUAGUCACCUAUAGAGUUAACAAUUCUUUCUAGUUAAGUAUAUAAAUAAAAAUUCUUCCCAGAACAAUUAGGGGAACUUCAACAUGAAGCGCGCUGUAGGUCCUUCCUGAUUGAGCCGACAUCUGCAGCCCUUACUGUGAAUGCAAUCUGAGCAGAUGCAGGGACAUUGCCUUUAAAAAGGUGCAUUGUUGAGAGCUCUCUACAACGUGCCACAGAUUGAAUCCUCGGAGAACAAGCAGGACUGGACAGGUGAGAGUAAGCCAGAACGCAGUCCAUUGUCUUCUGGGUGCAGAGCAAGGGAAGGAUACUUCAAGCAGUGCAUGGAGACUCCCCAAUUGGGCAAAAGACCUUCCCCUCUGCGACUCCUCCGUGACCCAGAAACCGAUAAGUGGUCGAGGAGCGUGUCAAUAUGUUAAAUCGGAGAACGAAGGAGGCUGCGCUCCUCCAUUACGGAUUUCCACAGAGGAUGCACCAGAGUCUCCUCGCAGCAGGAAGUGACACACCCCCUUUUGUUUUUUCUAAGGAGAAAAGCAUGCACACUAACUACAUGCUACACAUCCUUUUAUCUAGAAAACUAUGUAAAACUACAUGUAGUUUUACCUAGUUAUCUAGAAAACUAGGUAAAACUACAUAUCCUUUUAUCUAGAAAACUAGGUAAAACUACAUAUCCUUUUAUCUAGAAAACUAGGUUAAACUACAUAUCCUUUUAUCUAGAAAACUAGCUACAUUUAUUUUGGGAUUCCCUUGUAAAAAUAAUCUUCACCACAUGCUAAAUGAAUUUAAGCAUCAAUAAAGAGUUUCAAUAAAAAUAAAAAAUAA